AUGAUUAAUCAUUAAUCAGAAUCUGACCAAGGGAAGACGAAAUCGAUUUCAGAUCAUUCUUUAGUGAAAUCUCAUACGCAAUCCAUUAAAGAUAUAGAUUUAUCGGUUUAUAGAUGGGCAAUUUUACUUUUGUACUACCUAGUUGUAUUGGUAAACGGCGUACCCUAUGAAAUUUGUGUGCCCAUAAGUUCAUUUACGGCUCAUAUAUACAAUGUAACGUUGGCCUUAGUUGCAACUGCCUCAACUGUAUUUAUGGUUAUGCAUCCAAUAUUGUCGUUUGUCGCUGCAUAAACUAUAUCAAAUUAUGGAUGGGCAUCUGCUACUAAUUUAGGGGUUAUACUUACAAUUGCAGGAUGUGCUAUUAAACUUCUGAUAAAUCAAGCAGGAUUUUUAGUUUUACUAAUUGGUUAAGUACUGUGUGGAAUAGGAAGACCUUUUAUUUUAAAUUCUCAGGCAUCUAUGGCCAUGAGUUGGUUUCAUCCUAAGACUCGAAUCAUGAUCAUAACACUACUUAAUGUGGUUAAUACUUUAUCAUUGGUCAUUUCUGCUCAAUUACCAGGAAUCAUUUUCAAGGGAUAUAAUUUGUAUGAUGAUCCAGACUAUGAGGAUGGGAGAAGCAGAAUGCAAAGUUUGUGUUUACUUGAAUUUUACAUAAGUUUGGCCAUCGUACCAAGUCUAUUGAUGUUGAGGAGCAGACCAAAGGAGGUUCCAGUGAAAAUAAACAAAAUCGAAAGAAAAGGAGGGAUGCUAAAAAUAAUGCUGAGACUAUUUAAGAAUAGGAACUUUGUUUUACUGUUCAUUCCAUUUAGUCUAUACUUUGGCAUAUUAAAGGCUUAUUUGGUAAUUAUGGAACUGUUGAUGGCUCCCUAUAACUACAAGACCGAUUAAGUUGCUGGUGUUGUUUCGUUUCCAUUAAUUGGUGGAUUGAUAGCUCAAGGGGCAUUUCCAUAUUUUGUAAACAAGUAUCAGAUAUAGAAACCAUUUGUUCGUUUGUUCUUAUUGUCCUCAACUUUAGCUAUGGGAUCCUUAUAUUUUGCAUUACAAUCGAACAAUGUGAUCUACAUUUACAUAGUAAUAACUCUAUUGGCCAUGUGUGUGAUGCCCAUACUGCCUGUGAUUAUGGAUAUGGGAUGUGAUUUGAUCUCUCCAAUCGAACCAUCGUUUGCAGUUGGUGCCUUUUAUAUGGGGAGCAUGUUGUUUUUUGUGGCCUUCACUUACAUCUUGACAUUCAUAACUGGGAAGAACAAGGAGGAUACGAGAGUGUUGUACACCAACAUUUUCUCAACCAUUGUGUUGAUAAUUGGAUUGUUGUGCAGUCUAUUUCUAAGAAUUGAUAACUAAUACUAUGCCUUGGAUGUAGAACAAGACAAAAGCUCAUUGGUGCACCCUCUAGAAAAGAAUGAAUCCAUCCUCAAAGACAAUUGUCCUUUUAUUUAUAGAGGGACUCAGUCGAAGAUGAGUAUCUAACAUCAAAAGGGAUCUAUGUUCAGUUGUUCACAUUACAAUAUUAGCAUCGUGGGUGAUGUGCCAUUAAUCCCAGGAGAGGAGGCAGAGGAUCUUUUGGAUUCAGAAUAGCAAUAAUGA